AUGGGUUCUGCAGCUAGACAGCCUCUCUUCUCUUUCGGUGUUAUCGCUGAUGUUCAGUAUGCAGAUAUUCCAGAUGGACGCUCGUUUUUAGGUGUCCCUAGGUACUACAGAAACAGCAUUCUUGUUCUGCAAAAAGCUGUCGAAACUUGGAACCAACAUGGAAACCUUAAAUUUGUUAUUAACAUGGGAGAUAUUGUUGAUGGAUUUUGUCCCAAGGAUCAAUCUUUGGCUGCUACUAAGAAAAUUGUACAUGAGUUCGAGAAAUUCAAAGGCCCGGUGUAUCACAUGAUUGGCAAUCACUGUCUGUAUAAUCUCCCCCGCGAAGAGUUGCUUCCGUUACUGAAGAUCCCGGGGCGUGAUGGCAAUGCUUAUUAUGAUUUUUCGCCAACCCCGGGGUAUAGAGUUGUGGUAUUAGAUGGGUAUGAAAUCAGUGCUGUUGGGUGGCCACAAGACCAUCCUAACACAAUCGAUGCUUUGAGAAUACUCGAAGAAAAGAACCCAAACUCAGAAAAAAACAGCCCCGCGGGGCUUGAAGGUGUUGAGAGGAGAUUUGUAAAGUUUAACGGUGCUGUUGGGGAGAAACAGCUGCAAUGGCUAGACAAUGUGCUUCAGGAUGCAACGAAAUCAAACCAGAAAGUUAUCGUAUGUGGGCAUGUGCCUAUGAGCCCUGGCGCGUCAUCUAAUGAAGCCUUGUUAUGGAAUUUUGAUCAAGUGAUGAGCAUUAUACACAAGUAUGACUCUGUUAAAGUUUGUCUAUCCGGACACGAUCAUAAAGGGGGAUACUUUGUCGAUUCUCAUGGAGUUCACCAUAGGUCCCUUGAAGCUGCCUUGGAAUGCCCUCCAGGUACUUUUUCGUUUGGAUAUAUUGAUGUAUAUGAGAACAAGUUAUCUCUUGUUGGCAUUGAUCGAAUGCAAAGCACCCAUUUUGAGAACUAA